GAGAGAGAGAGAGAGAGAGAGAGAGAGAGAGAGAGGAGGGUUGAAUGUGCUGCAGGAACGCUCGUGUUCUGCUCUGAAUGUGGCGGAUCAGUGCAGGAUUCUGAUCCAGAACGAGCGAAAGUUUGACGCAGAAGCAACAUGAGAGAGUCAGUGUGGAUCUGCUGCUUCGUGCUGCUGUGUAUCGGCUGCUCCUCACAGGUGUCCGUGUCUCCGAAGGAGGCCAGCGAGUUCCUCCGCAGACACCGGAGAGCGAACAAGGUGUUCGAGGAGACCAAGCAGGGUCAUCUGGAGAGGGAGUGUGUGGAGGAGAAGUGCACUAAAGAGGAGGCGAGAGAAGUCUUUGAGAAUGACCCUGAGACGGAAUAUUUCUACCCGAAGUAUCAGGCAUGUAUGGAGAAGUUUGGAGACUCUGAGAAGAAGAAACAGGAUCUGAUUACCUGCGUCCACAAUAUUCCAGACCAAUGUUCUCCGAACCCCUGCAAUCAUCACGGGACGGUGCGCUGUGAGGACAAAAAGGGCGAAUUCCAGUGCCAUUGUUUCACAGGAUGGAGCGGUGCCAGGUGUGAGAAAGAUGUGGAUGAGUGCAGCAGAGCGAACGGCGAAUGUGAGCACCACUGUAACAACACCAUGGGCAGUUACCGCUGCUCCUGUCGUCAUGGAUACACGCUCUCGGGUCACCACACGUGUCUGGAUGUGGACGAGUGUGUGGAGACUCCAGACGUCUGCGGAUCUGCGCGCUGCUCAAACCUGGACGGCAGCUUUGAGUGUUUGUGUGAGGAAGGGUUCGUCUAUGAUAACAUCACCCGGAGCUGUGUGGACGUGGACGAGUGUGAGACGCACGUGUGUGAGGAGGAGUGUGUGAACACACCGGGAAGUUUCCGCUGCUACUGUGACGGGCGGCAGGGGAAGAGACUGGGACAAGACUUCAGGAGCUGUGAGCCCAUCGAGCUUCACCGGUCGCUGGACAUGAGGAGGAACUCACGCUCGCUGUACCUCGGACGCAUGUUCAGCGGGAUUCCUGUGGUCCGACUGCGCUUCCGCCGCAGGGUCCAGACCGGAUUCACGGCAGAGUUUGACCUCAGGACCUACGACCCCGAGGGCGUGAUCUUCUUCGCCGGUGGUCACUUGAACAGCUCCUGGAUUGUUCUGGUGAUGCAUCAUGGGAAGCUGGAGCUGCAGCUGAAGUACGGAGCUGUGAGUCGAGUGACCAGCAGUGGACCGCAGGUCAAUGACGGCCAGUGGCAUAAGAUCUCGGUGGAGGAACAGGGGCGGAGCCUCGUCAUCAAGGUUGACAGGGAGGCGGUGAUGAAGAUCGCAGUGAACGGAGAUCUGUUCACGCUGAAUAAAGGCAUACAUGAGCUCAACCUGACGGUGGGCGGCGUUCCCUUCAGAGACGACGGACUGGUCAGCAGGGUUAACCCUCGACUGGACGGCUGUAUGAAGGACUGGCGCUGGUUAACCGGUGAGGACACGUCCAUUCAGGACACCAUCCAGCACAACGAGCGCAUGCAGUGUUACGCCAUCGAAGACCACAGCGCCUUCUACCCCGGACACGGAUUCGCUUACUUCAACCACAGCCACGGAGACAAUCAGACGCUCCGUGUGCAUGUGACCCUGCGUCCUGCCUCCUCCGUAGGGGUCCUGUUUGCUCUGGUUCAUCAGGACAGAGUCCCGUUCUCCGUCUCUCUGUCAGACUAUCAUCCAGGGACACUCGACUGGACCGAGCACGUGCUGGUGUCGUUCGGUGACGUGGUGGUGGCCAGUGUCCCGGUGAACCUGUGUGACGCUCAAACACACACUGUGAACGUGACGGUGUUCGGGAACAGCUCUCUGCUGGAGGUGGACGGGCAGCUGGCGCAGAUGGAGAGGAUGGAGAACGUAGAGGCUCUGGAUCUGACGUCUUCUUACAGCACCUUCAUAGGAGGCAUCCCAGAUGUUUCUUUGGUGUCCGCUCCGGUGUCGGCCUUCUACACGGGCUGCAUGGAUGUGUGGGUCAACGGUCAGCUGCUGGACGUGGACGAGGCCCAACACAAACACAACGACAUCCGCUCUCACUCCUGCCCUCUGGUGGACACACAGCAAUAACAGCAGCUGAGACUCCAGCACCGGAGGAGCUUUGAUUCCGGAUCCACAAAGGCCUUAGCAAAGCCGGAUCCCUCGCCACACUCACGCACAUAUAGCACAGAGCGCAUCUCGAUGUAUUACUCACAUUAGACCAAUCAAACACAAGCUACUGAGAGUGCGCUGUAAAAUACUGUAACUGUACAUAUGCCACUGUAAAAUGCUUUAGAGGAGGAUGACUAAAACACACAACUACCAUUAAAGGCCUUCAGGCCUCGAUGUAGGUGCUCAACUUCAUCAUCAUCAUCAUUCAGUAGUGUUUUUUUUUAGUCCCUCAUUUGAGUUCGUCCUUUUCAUCUUGUUUUUAUUGUCGAAGUUGUUUUAUUUUUUGUUCAUGUUUGCGAGACUGAAAUGCUUGAUGAGAACUAAUAAAGGUGGAUGGUGUUGUUA